AUGCGACUUGCGCUGGUGCUCUAUUGUUGCCUGCUCUGCUUGACUUUUGUUCAUAUCCAUGGAACGCAGGCAUAUUCACCACCAAAAGCACCACUGACUCUGCCACUUCCAGACGAGAGUCCUAGGCGUGCUCCACCACCGCCCAGACCAAUACCCAGACCACCGCCUCCAAGGCCAAAACCACCACCGCCAAGGCUAACGAUACGGCCUUUCAGACCAACACCACCGCGAUUUGUUAGACCUCCUACUGCACCACCCAUCAGGAGGCCAACUAUUCCACCACCCAGGCCCACCAGAAGACGUCCCAUAACAAGGCAACCAACCAGGAGGAUCCCAAAACCACCAGUUACCCGAAGACCCACCGCCAGGCCAACUAGGCCACAUGCGGUGCGAACCACUCGAAAAUUUCUGAUCUGGUCACGUGCACCCACCAGAUUACUACCGACUAGGCCAAAUAUAAGGCCCACCCUGUGGACCAGGCCGCCAGUGCGUCCUCCAUUGCCAACGGUGCGUCCAACGCGCUCAAGAGUUGGACCCACUCUAUGGACAAGACCUCCCAUUAGAGUCACAGUACGUCCCACUCCUAGACACCCAAUCAGACCCACAAUUAGGCCUACAAAUCGAGCAACUCUAUGGACACGACCUCCGGUAAGACCUUCAAAUCCCACAAGGUCUCCAGUUCGAGCCACAAAACCCACUUUAUGGACCCGACCUCAAGUUAGAACUACAAGACGACUGACUUUCAUUUUCAACGAUCCCACAAGAGAACCUCCUACACUAAGACCAAUUCCCAACACUAGAGCUCCACAUCCGGAUAUAACUCGAUCCACAAGACGUGUAAUUUUUAUAUUUCCCAGGGACAACACCUCUAUAGCUCGACGUCCUAAUUGGACUGUACAUCCAACAGGACGAACGAGAACUACUUUAAUAGCUUAAAUCCUAUAAGUACGCUGGUAUAAUAUAUAGUAGCUGAAUACAUAUAUGAUCUUUAAGCAUUCUCUGCAAGCACGCGAUGAUAAAUAUUAUAUAACUGAGAAGUCAGCUAAUGACCUUAAAUAUCAAGCAGAGGCACAGAUGGAUAGGCUAAUUAAAUAUUUUGAGUAGCUGGAUUGUAGGCUUUCGGAUAUCCUAUCUUUAUAAAAAAAAAUAUAUAUAUUUAUAAAAAUAAAUAUCUUUAUAUGAAAUCGGAAUCUGUUAAUUGAAAAUCCAAUUGAACCUAAAUACA